CCAUUAUUUCCCACUGGAUGAGUGUCCAUAAAUCUCUCUUUCUUCUGUAAAGUCGCUGCCUGAAAAAGUAGGAAGAGAGAGAGAGAGUUGGAAAAGUUGAUCGUUCUGGCUGGAAUUUGCCUUACUGCAUUAUUUCACAUCUUGUAUAUCUUCUUUGAAAUCAGGGCACUGUUUGUUUCGCUUCGCUGUUCUUUGUUUGUUUGGGUUUCUCUCUGAAUUUAGAGAUCUUGUUCACAAUACACCAUUUUCGUUUCUGGGUUGGGCAGAUUUAGCAGAAUUAGUUACCCAUUUGUCCUGAUUUUGAUUUCCCACAUCAAGAAAUCGCCGUUUAUUUCAAGGGAUUCUUGAUUUUGAGAUUAAUUCACUGGUGGGUUUUGGCCUUUUGGGAUCUGGGUUUGCUUUCAUUAGCCAUGGGAAGUGCAGAGGAGAAGGUUGUUGCUGUGCUAAUGGUCGGCGGUCCCACUAAAGGAACUAGAUUUCGACCUCUGUCAUUGAAUAUUCCCAAGCCUCUUUUUCCUUUGGCGGGACAACCUAUGGUGCAUCACCCAAUUUCAGCUUGUAAAAGGAUUCCAAACCUGGCUCGGAUUUUUCUUGUUGGUUUCUAUGAAGAGCGUGAAUUUGCAUUAUAUUUAUCUUCCAUUUCUAAUGAACUGAAAGUCCCUAUUAGAUAUUUGAAGGAACAGAAGCCACAUGGUUCUGCUGGUGGACUUUUUCACUUCAGAGAUCUGAUCAUGGAAGACAGUCCGUCACAUAUCUUCUUGCUGAAUUGUGACGUUUGCUCGAGUUUUCCACUCCCGCAAAUGCUAGAUGCUCACAAAAGUUAUGGAGGAAUGGGAACAGUCCUAGUAAUCAGAGUAUCUGCUGAGGCAGCUAACCAGUUUGGAGAGUUGGUUGCAGAUCCAACAACAAAUGAACUACUUCACUAUGCAGAAAAACCCGAAACUUUUGUGAGUGACCUCAUAAACUGUGGUGUCUACAUAUUUACACCAGACAUAUUUUCUGCAAUUCAAAGCGUUUCCACACAGCGGAAAGAGAGAGUGAAUUUAAGUCGAUUAUCUAGCUUUGAAGCCCUCCAGUCUGCAGCAACAAGUUCAUUGAACAGGAGCUUGCCUAAAGACUACGUAAGAUUGGAUCAAGAUAUUCUAUCGCCUUUUGCUGGGAAGAAACAGUUAUAUACAUAUGAAACUAUGGACUACUGGGAACAGAUCAAAACGCCUGCAAUGUCGUUGAAAUGCUCUGGCUUAUAUCUCGCCCAAUUCCGGGUCACCUCAUCCGACCUAUUGGCAAGUGGAGAUGGUACAAAAAAUGCUAUCAUCAUUGGUGAUGUUUAUAUUCAUCCUUCAGCUAAAGUGCAUCCAACUGCCAAGAUUGGUCCUAAUGUCUCAAUAUCAGCUAAUGCUCGAAUUGGAGCUGGUUCUAGGCUCAUCAGCUGUAUCAUCCUUGAUGAUGUUGAAAUUAAGGAUAAUGCAGUUGUCAUACAUGCAAUUGUUGGGUGGAAAUCUUCAAUUGGUCGAUGGUCUCGUGUACAGGCUGAUGGAGAUUACAAUGCAAAGCGCGGAGUUACAAUUCUAGGUGAAGCUGUGGUGGUUGAGGAUGAAGUAGUGGUGACAAACAGCAUAGUUCUCCCAAACAAGACUCUCAAUGUGAGUGUUCAAGAGGAAAUAAUUCUAUGAAAAAAAAAAAAAACUAAACAAAAA